CUGAGAGGAAAGCAGGGCUGUGAACAACCUUUAUUGGGGUUUUCACCUUAUAGUUUGUGGGAUGGGAAGGAUUGCUUCCUGUCUUUCUUUGCAACCUCCAGGACUUCCUGUGCGACCGUGCAGCGGGCGUGAGUGGGGAGAGUGAGCUACCUCGGCCUCCCCGCUGCCUUUAAGGAGGCCACGCUGCCCAGCUCGCUGUUUGUAAACAGAUGCCACUUCAAGAUGGCGGCGGGAGGGAGCAACCUCAGCGCCUGCAACAGAGUGAACGUUCCUAAUGGCGGCGGUUCGGGCAGCCCGACCCUCGCCACCGGCACGUCGCCACCUCCCUCGAUACUGGGAGCCGGCCCGGGAGGGGGUGCGGCAGCGGCGGCCGCUGCAGCCGCCGCCGUGGUGAUUUACCGGGAGCCCAUGUACAACUGGCAGGCCACGAAGACGACAGUGAAGGAGCGCUUCGCCUUCCUGUUCAACAACGAGAUCCUGAGCGACGUGCACUUCCUGGUGGGCAAGGGGAUGGGGACGCAGCGCAUCCCCGCUCACCGUUUCGUGCUGGCCGUCGGCAGCGCCGUCUUCGACGCCAUGUUCAACGGUGGCAUGGCCACCACCUCCACCGAGAUCGAGCUGCCCGACGUGGAGCCCGCCGCCUUCCUCGCGCUGCUCAAAUUCCUGUAUUCCGACGAAGUCCAGAUUGGGCCAGAGACUGUUAUGACUACAUUGUACACAGCUAAAAAGUAUGCAGUACCUGCCCUUGAAGCACACUGUGUGGAGUUCUUGAAGAAGAAUCUCCGAGCAGACAAUGCAUUUAUGCUUCUUACACAGGUACGUUGGAACAUUCAUGUCGUGCAUGAUAACUGUCUGCAGAAGAAACUCAGAAAAAUGAGGCACAGAGCUAUAUGUGGUAAUACCUGCAUAAGGUCAAGUGAAGCAUUCGUGGGACAGCCAUCUGGAUUCCAGGGUUCAGUUUCUGUAUGGCCACGGAACAGGGAGGAUCGAGAGAGAGAACUAAACGGGGACGAGGAAAUUAAGGAAGGAGACCAAGUUGGAGAGGGAGAGGCUAGGCUCUUUGAUGAACCACAGCUUGCCAGUUUAUGCCUGGAAAAUAUUGAUAAAAAUACUUCAGACGCAAUCAAUGCAGAAGGUUUUACAGAUAUAGAUUUAGAUACACUAAUGGCGGUGCUGGAACGUGAUACCCUAGGAAUCCGUGAAAUUCGGUUAUUUAAUGCUGUGGUUCGUUGGGCUGAAGCAGAGUGCCAACGACAGCAGCUUCAACUCACUCCUGAAAAUAAACGUAAAGUAUUAGGAAAAGCAUUGUCGCUCAUCCGGUUUCCAUUAAUGACUAUUGAGGAGUUUGCCGCAGGACCUGCACAGUCAGGAAUUCUAACAGACCGAGAAGUUGUUAGUCUUUUCCUACAUUUUACAGUCAAUCCCAAGCCUCGGGUAGAGUUUAUUGACAGACCUCGCUGUUGUCUGAGAGGCAAAGAGUGCAGCAUCAAUCGUUUCCAACAGGUGGAAAGCCGUUGGGGCUACAGCGGUACAAGUGACCGAAUAAGGUUUACAGUGAAUAGGAGGAUAUUUGUAGUUGGGUUUGGCUUGUAUGGAUCAAUACAUGGGCCAACAGACUAUCAAGUAAAUAUACAGAUUAUCCACACUGACAGUAACACAAUUUUGGGACAGAAUGACACUGGUUUUAGCUGUGAUGGGUCAUCCAACACUUUCAGGGUUAUGUUCAAGGAACCAGUGGAGAUUUUGCCCAAUGUUAAUUAUACUGCAAGUGCUACAUUGAAGGGGCCAGAUUCGCAUUAUGGAACAAAAGGACUUCGUAAAGUUAUCCACGAAUCUCCCACAACGGGCACUAAAACUGUCUUCACUUUCUGUUAUGCUGCUGGAAAUAACAAUGGAACAUCAGUCGAGGAUGGGCAAGUCCCAGAGAUCAUCUUUUAUACGUAAUCAAGCUCUGUGGGGCCUCGAUCUUGGAUGGUCUCUCAAAUACAAACUGAUUGUAUGCUACUGUAUAUUUGAAAUGAAGAGUAAUGUGCCUACUACUAGGCACAAGUUUUGAAUAUUGUGCUUUUAAAUUUUUAUUGGCUGACAAUGUAAAAAUGCUUUUUCCCUUUUUUCUUUCCUUCUCCUCAGCUCUGUAUUGUCACAGAAUGUGGGAGUAUUGAUAUUGUGGUGCCAAUUUUAAGCAAAUGUUUUGCUUAAUGAUGUGUGAAAUGCACUUAUGUAACCAGGGCUGUAGCAAAGUUGAGUGUUUAAGCCUUGAAGUUUCAGUUUAAAGACCCAGGGCAUUAUUACAAUGAAGAAGGGUCUUGGUUAUGGUUAAGGCCAAAGAUGUUACACUGCAUACGUGGAAAGCUUCAAAUAAGUAUAUAAUACAUUACUCUGUAACAGCCUUGAAAACCUUGGAUUGUACCAGCGGCUUAUGAUACAAGAAACUAAAUCCAGAUCUUUUAACAGGGAAUGUAUUAACUUGUAAUGUUUAAUGAAGUGUAUUGGUAAAUAAAUCUUUAUCAGCACCAAAAUAUAACCAGAAAGCUGAAAUAUGUCCAAUCCAUUUUCAGCUCUUUCUCUCCUUUAACAUUUGUAAAUAGUGUAAUCCUAACGGAGUGGAAGAUCUCUUUUAAACUAUUACUGUGAUAACGUAUGUGGCCAGUUAUGUAAGGGUCCAAUUUCUGGGAAGAGUGAUGGUUUCCAAUACUGGUGUAAAAUACAAGUCAAUCAAAUAUACACAGCAUGCCUUUCCGACUGAAAGGUGAUUUUUGUGCAUUUAGUUUCAGGGACUUCCACUCAAUACCUGAAAUUUAAUUUCCUUUUUUACAUCAAUUCACCUUUCAGCUGAUUAUAUUGGUGCAGAACAGCUCACCCUGAGUUUCAAUCCAGUUACUGAGUUACCAGACCUAAAAUUGUCUUUAGUUCAGAUGAUGUAAUUUGGAAAGACUUCAAACUGAAUAAAAGUUAUUAUGACUUAAUGAAACAGGACAGUUUAAAUAAAAGAUGUCCUCUAAAGUAUAGCAGAAUUAAAGUUAGAGAUUUUAGAAAAUCAUAACGUUCUUUCUGAGUGAUAUGUUGCAUUCUAGCCUCCCUCGUGUAAUAUAUUUGUAAAGACAUUACUUUAUUUUCUUCAUGAAAUUAUUUCAAACAGUUUGAAGAAAGUAUUCUAUUCCUCCAGUCAUUAAGGCCACAUCUAACCAGCUCUCGUGUGUGUUUUGUGGUUUUUUUUCGGGUUUUUUUAAACGUUUGCACUACUUUCUUCCAGCCACCACUUUGAUUUUGUGCACACAUUCAGCUAUAUUAAACACUAGAAAGCGUCAGAACAUUUUUGCAUUGAGAUACAAUUUUGGAAAAACUGGUUUAAUAGAAAAAACAUUGUUAUUGUGCAACGGCAGAGAAAGGUUUGAUUUUGCUCAAUAAGUUUAAAGUUAUCACAAAGUAUUUAAACAAUGUAUGGGUAUUCACAAUGAAUUGUAUAAAUUUCAAUCUUGAAAUAAUCAGUUCUAAUUCCACACGGACCUUUCUGCUCAAUCCUACUUCACUUGUAUUGUGCCUUUAAUUAUAAAAUCAAUCAACUUAUAUGUGUCUGGCAGUAACAAACCUAAACAUUUGUAAUGACAGAAAAGGCUGAAAUACAGAAAUACUCAGCAAGCUUGGCUGCAUCUAUGGAGCAAGGAGCUGUAUUAAUGAUUCAUAUCAAUGACCUUUCUUUAGAACCCAGGAAAAUUUAGAAAUCCAACCUGUUUACAGAGAAAGGGUAGAGGGGACAACUGGAACAUAUGUGGUAAAUAAGGCUGAGACGAGGAGGGACUGAAUGACAUGGAAGGGUAGUGAUGCUGGCUGAGAAAGAGUGGUGAAGACUUGAUGACAUUUAUAUCCAGUGAAACAUCAAGGAAGUAUGGUCUAUGUAUAAUGUUUCCCUCCAUCUUAUGAUUACAAUUGAAAAGCAAUGCAUUAAAGUUAAAAAAAAAUCUAAAAGUUUAGCCUCCCUAUUGUAUUAUACUUGGAUGUUAAUAUAAUUUGCUAUUGAUUUUCUUCCUUUUAUACUUAUGUUUGUUGUUCAAGGACACUGCUUUCACUUGCGCCAUUUAACUGUAAUGGAAUUAGUCUUUUUUUUUACCAACAUUGUAAUUCAUUAUUAUUAAUGUAGUUUUUUGGACAAGGCUGGAAAAUAAUGGUGCUAAUUGGUGAACCAUCACUAUGAGACUGGUGAUUGUCGCCAUUUUGAAAUUUAAAAACUUGCCUUGGAAGUAAUAUUUAUCAGUAUUGCAGUAUUUUUAUCUUGCAAUCUGCUUUGAUGAAUACAUUUUGACUAUUCCAUCAAACACAGGAUUGCCAAAUUUAAUCAUGAAGGACAGUUUUUUUUCUUGCACACUGUCCAGCUUGGCCGGAUAAAUCUUCAUCUGAAACAUUUGUCAUGUUUUAUCUGCAGUAGGAACUUGCCAAAAUAGUUAAUUGCACACACCAUUUGGUGCAGAAAUGCAAUUGAAUCCUUGUACUUAAAACAGCUUUAGAUUUUGUUUUGUUUAAAAUGUAUUGAACUGCAGCUUUUUUGUGGUAAUAACUGUGGCCUCCCAUACAGAAAAUAAUUAUGAUCUUUUUACUCAUGGUUUCAUUUUUGUUUUAUGAAUUAUUUAACGUUUUCUCAGGUUCAGACAAUUUUGACAAAUCCUUUUGAGGAAAAAAAUGUAAAUCAUAGCACCAAAUUUCCCCGAGAAGGUAAUUAAUCUAAUUAGCAAAUAUGUGUAAAAACAAAAAAGAAUAAUGGGUAAAUACCUAGGUUGGUUAAAUAAGUUAAUGGUAUUUGAAUUGGCAAGAUGUGGCAAAAGCCUUUUGUCCUUGUGCCUUAAUAACUUAAUAAUAACUAUGAGCCAAUCUUUAAAAAUGGGCCCACAUAAAAAGUCCAUCACAGAAAAAUCACAUUUCAAAAUAGUGAAUCCAAAUAAGGACAGCAUUUAUUGAUUUUUUUUUCAAUGAUUCCUUGAGAAUUUAAGAUACAUUUUCAGUUGCCCAGUUUGCUAUUGCCUACUACAUUUUCAGCCCUACGCAAUUUCACAUUUUUGUUUGGAAAUGCCCGUCUAAAAUGUUUACUGAAUCCAGGACGUGAAGAACUGAAGAUCUAAGGAUAGCUAGUUUACAGUUUGAUACAGCCUAAACAACCAAGUAUGAUUAGCAGUCUGCUGUCAGAAAUUGCAGAAUUCUGCCUGAUUCAAAGCCAAGGAUCUCCUUGGCUGGGAUUUCCAGAGUCAUUUAUCUGAGAAUUAUAGACUAACUGCAUGCACUUUAAGCAUUUGGAAUCAGCUAUUGAGUGCAGAAAACUUUGUAUUUGGGAAGCUGGAAUAAGAACACAGUUGUCUCCCCUGGUGCUGCACUGAUACUUGAAGGCUUGCUGAGCAACAUUGUUAUGGCCCUUUCAUCAACCAAUACACAAGUCGUGGCAUUAUUUAAAGAUAAUUCUUGCUUAUUUAGACGAUGAAUGUAUUGCAAAUUUUAUUGUAGAAACUCAAAAUUUGCAAGUAAAUAUGUAAAUCUUAAAGUACUUAGAAUCUUAGAUACAGUGGGAUGAAUGUAUAAACUGAUCAGCAAAACCUUAUGUAGUCUCACUUAAGCUUUCAGAGCUAUCUUGUCAACAUGUCUACAACAAUUCAGUAUCUUUGCAGUAAAUAUGUAGAAUGGCAAUUGAGCACAACUGUCUCAGUGAAGGUUCACAAAAGGAGAAUAUUUUAAAGCUGAGGGAGUUUACAAAUAGUGGAACAAGAUUUUGUUGCAAACUGAAAUACAUCUAUCUACACACUCCCAAAGGGACAAAAAGGCAGGAUGGUUCAGGCCAUACAACAAGCAUGUAAAUUUAAACACAAACUAAUUUAUCUAUGUUAAAAUUAAAAUACUAGCCUAAUUAUCAUCUACUGGGCAAAUAUUUUUACCCCUCACAUAUCUAGGAAAGUCACUAUGGUAGUAUGAUUCCGUUUGUUGCAAAUGUGUUGUAUUUUGAUUGACUUGCAGCUCUCUGAAACACUUGAAUAGGGUUUAAAAGAUUGGAAUUCAGUCCAGAGAUGUACUGUAGAUUCAGAAUUUGUUGAAGUAAUUUGGAAAAAUAACAAAUCAGUAAGUGUAGUAAUUCAAUUAGUUUUCAUGAACACUUAGAAUUUUUGAACUGUAAUAUGAUAUAUUGAUAUGCACUUUACAAAUUUACAGAAUACAAAUUUAAAGAUUGACGUUUCCAUUUGGGCCAUUACUGGCACUGCAAUGCUGUCCUUGUGCUCCUUGAUGACUUAGAACCACAGUUUUUUUAAAUGUAUGUAAUCUCAUUUGUGUGUGUCUAACUACACUCUGGAAUACAGAAGUACAAUGUUCAUGGGAUGCACAGUAAUCUUAUAGCCCCUUGAUGGAGAUGGUGGGGUAACAAAAAAAAAUGAUCAGUGAAUGUUGGAUUGGGAAAGGAAACAAAUUUAGGAUAUUUUGGGUAAGUCAUUGUUAUUGGAUCAUUUUUGUUGGCGCUUGAAAUUUAACCCUGUAUUUAACUGAGCGUUCAGCCAUUUUGAACACGUAUAAUUUAUUAAUGGCAUCCACGUGCAUUGGAAUGACUUCUAUUUGAGACCAUGUUUGAUAAUGGUUGGCCUGAGGUAUUGUUUCGACUUAAAUAAUUAGCAGGAGAGAGUUAUCCAGGCAAUUAAAUUAUUAAAAGGAUCUGAAUGAGGCUUGAAGAACGUGUACACAUUAUCAGCCCCAAACUCUGCAUUGCACUCCUGUCUAUUUUAUGAUUUAAAAGAAACCCAUUAUUCAUAAAUGUGUAUUAAUCCCUGAAAUCAAAAUUACUUCAAAUCCUUAAGUGAUGUUAGUGUGUGCAUGUUACAAUUAAAGAAUAACCAAUUAGAAAAAGUAAUUGGCAAAAAUAGUCCCUAAUGUAUAAUGGAUGGAGUCCAAACAUUGUUUCACAAAUCUACUUUGUUAAAAUAAAACUUUUUAAAAUA